CUCCCUUCCCCCGCUCCCUCUUGGGAGCUUCGUUUCGGUGGCUGCUGGUGCCGCUGCUGCUGUAGCGAAGGGAGCUGUCCAGCAGCCAGCGCUCCUGAAAUCCCGGCAUCUCUCCAUUAACCACAAUGUAAGAGCAAUGAGAACAGCUCCACCAAACCCAGCCCGGCAAUGGAGGAUGAUUUAUUCCAGCUAAGACAGCUGCCGGUGGUCAAGUUUCGCCGCACAGGGGAAAGUUCCAGGUCAGACGAAGAUGCCCUUUCAGGAGAGCAUGAAAUUCAGAUUGAAGGUGUUCGGACAGAGCUAGAGGCUGUAGAGCUAGAGGAUGGAGCUGCAGUGCCAAAGGAAUUUGCCAAUCCAACUGAUGAUACUUUUAUGGUGGAAGAUGCGGUGGAAGCCAUCGGGUUUGGGAAAUUCCAGUGGAAGCUCUCUGUUCUUACCGGAUUAGCAUGGAUGGCAGAUGCAAUGGAAAUGAUGAUUCUAAGUAUCCUAGCUCCUCAGCUUCAUUGUGAGUGGCGAUUACCAAGCUGGCAGGUUGCAUUGCUUACAUCGGUGGUGUUUGUGGGAAUGAUGUGCAGCUCUACACUCUGGGGAAACAUUUCAGACCAGUAUGGCAGAAAAACUGGGCUAAAGAUCAGCGUGUUCUGGACCCUGUACUAUGGGAUCCUCAGUGGUUUUGCACCAGUAUACAGUUGGAUCCUUGUGCUCAGGGGACUGGUGGGCUUUGGAAUUGGAGGGGUACCUCAGUCAGUAACCUUAUAUGCUGAAUUCCUUCCAAUGAAAGCUAGAGCAAAAUGCAUUUUAUUAAUAGAGGUCUUUUGGGCCAUUGGGACUGUAUUUGAAGUCCUCCUUGCAGUGUUUGUGAUGCCCACUCUUGGCUGGCGUUGGCUGCUCAUUCUUUCUGCUGUUCCACUCUUGCUGUUUGCCAUCUUAUGUUUUUGGCUGCCAGAAAGUGCAAGAUAUGAUGUAUUAUCUGGAAACCAAGAAAAGGCUAUUGCCACUUUGAAGCGGAUAGCAGCAGAAAAUGGAGCUCCAAUGCCUUUGGGAAAAUUAAUCAUUUCCAGACAGGAAGACCGGGGGAAAAUGAGGGACCUUUUCACACCCCAGUUUAGAUGGACAACAUUGUUGCUUUGGUUUAUAUGGUUUUCCAAUGCCUUUUCUUAUUAUGGGUUAGUUUUAUUAACUACAGAGCUCUUUCAAGCAGGGGAUGUCUGCAGCAUUUCCAGUAGAAGGAAAGCAGUUAAAGCAAAAUGCAGCCUGGCCUGUGAGUAUCUGACAGAGGAAGACUACACUGAUCUGCUCUGGACCACUUUAUCGGAGUUCCCAGGUGUUCUGGUGACCCUCUGGAUUAUUGAUCGGAUAGGCCGUAAAAAAACCAUGGCGCUGUCCUUUUUUGUCUUCUCGUUUUGUAGUCUUCUGUUAUUUCUCUGCGUUGGAAGAAAUGUUCUUACCGUGCUGCUCUUCAUCGCAAGAGCUUUCAUUUCAGGAGGAUUUCAGGCUGCUUAUGUUUACACUCCUGAGGUUUACCCAACAGCUACUCGUGCUCUGGGCCUAGGAACAUGCAGUGGAAUGGCCAGAGUGGGAGCCUUAAUAACUCCAUUUAUUGCACAGGUGAUGCUGGAAUCUUCAGUCUAUUUAACUCUGGUGGUUUACAGUGGAUGCUGCCUGUUGGCAGCCGUGGCUUCCUGUUUUUUGCCCAUUGAAACAAAAGGGCGUGGUCUGCAGGAGUCCAGCCACAGAGAAUGGGGACAAGAGAUGGUUGGGAGAGGAUCCCACAACAUGGGAGUCACCAGGUCAAAUUCUGGAUCACAGGAAUGAUAGGACAUGAGCCCCCCCGGCCCCUUGCAAGGAAGGAUGAAACAAGCAAGAAUUGUAUUUUUAAAAACCAAGCGUAUAAAGCCGACCGUGCAGUCACUGCCAAUGUCAGGUGUUAAAAUGCAGGAACUUUUGAUUUGGACCUAAGCAAAUUGUGUCUUUACUACUCUUUGCUCACACUCAUAAAAAUUUACUUGUGUAACGAGAGACAUUUGAUCAGGAUGUCAUUUGAAGUUCAGAGAGAAGGGCUUUUUUAAUAGUCUGUUGUGCUUGCAUGGUCAGAUACUGAGCUUAAAAUGUCCUGUGUCAAGCAAAUAGCUAACUGAAUGCAAUUCAGUAUCAGCUGUAAAAUUUAAAAAAAAACAGUACUUUUGAUGCCUAAAAGCAAAAGAUUAAUAUUUACUGUGUACCUGGCAUAACACACGGUGGGUUCCAUACACUACAGAAUAGGGUUUUUAAAUGAGAUGCCUGCCUUGCACUUUUUAGUCAUCAACAACAACAUGUUGUAACAGCAAACCAACCAAUGCUUUCCAGUUCCCUUGCCUAUAAGUUCUGUUCCUUGGAAAUUACCAGGCACUGAGAAGGUUGUUUGGCACGUAUCUUGAGUGUUUGCUUUCCUCAAGGCAGAGUAGUUUGAGUCUGUGAAGAGUGCUGUUGGAUGCAGAGAUGGGACACUAUAUGAGAAAUGUAAAUUCUAGCAGUUUGGAACAGAAUUUAACUUUUCUAACAUUGCCAGAAGCAUUGAGCCCUCUGUCUGUUGCAUUGGUGAAGACUGCUUCAGCUGUCCUGAUGUCUCUGUGUGUGUGGAGAUGCACGCUGUGGUUUACUGCAUGGGUCCAGGUAUGUUUCUGUUCAAUUUGCAUAAGUACGUUGCCAUAGUGAUGUA